GCUCUGGCAGUGGUUCCUCUGAGGCGUCUCGACCAUGACACCCAUCUGACAUGUCCUUUCCUAGCCCCCUGACAGACUGGGGAGCUCCAGCUUUGCACCAUGGACCAAAGAGAAAUCCUGCAGAAGUACCUGGACGAGACCAAAAGCAAGAAACUCGUCCGGGAGGCAUGUGCUAGUGAGUUUCUGAAGCUGAAAAGGCAAUCUACCAAGUAUAAGAUGGAUAAAACAUAUCCUACAACUGUGGCUGAGAGGCCAGAAAAUAUCAAGAAAAACAGAUACAAAGACAUCUUGCCCUUUGAUCAUAGCAGGGUAAAGCUGUCCCUGAUAACUUCAGAUGAGGAUUCCCACUAUAUCAAUGCUAACUUCAUCAAGGGUGUGUAUGGCCCCCGGGCCUACAUCGCCACCCAGGGGCCUCUGGCCACCACCCUUCUGGACUUCUGGAGGAUGAUUUGGGAAUACAGUGUUCUGAUCAUUGUGAUGGCAUGCAUGGAGUUUGAGAUGGGAAAGAAAAAAUGUGAGCGCUAUUGGGCUGAGCCAGGAGAGACUGCUCUACAGUGUGGCCCUUUCUCCAUCUCCUGUGAAUCUGAAAACAAGAAAUCGGAUUAUGUUAUCAGGACACUAAAAGCCAAGCUGAAUAGUGAAACACGAACCAUCUAUCAGUUUCAUUACAAGAAUUGGCCAGAUCAUGACGUGCCCUCAUCUCUAGAUCCCAUCCUUGAGCUCAUUUGGGAGAUGCGUUGUUACCAGGAGGAUGACAGUAUUCCUAUUUGUAUUCAUUGCAGUGCUGGCUGUGGGCGGACUGGUGUUCUUUGUGCUGUUGAUUAUACUUGGAAACUGCUUAAGGAUGGGAUAAUUCCUGUGAACUUCAGUAUUUUUAGUUUAAUUCAGGACAUGCGGACACAGAGACCUUCCUUUGUGCAAACUCAGGAGCAGUAUGAGUUGGUCUACAAUGCUGUGUUAGAACUGUUUAAGAAACAAAUGGAAAUUCUCACAGAUAAUCGGGACGCUGCUGGUCCAGAGAUUCAAGCCAACCAUGCUGCCCUUAAGCCACAUGCAGCUCUAGAAUGUGAUCCUUAUUCUCGGACUCCACCACUUUGUGCUGCUGAAAAAGACUCAGUAAUUAAAUGCCAGCAGAAUAAGCAUGUGAUCCAAGAAGAAACAGUACUGGAUUGUGGUGCCCCUGAACUACAUGGAAGCCAAGGACUCAGUUUGCAUUCAGUUAAGCAGGGCAUUUCUGUUGAAGAUUUGGAAUUAAAUUCUAGUUGUGAGAAAAAUGCAGAUAGUUUUAUGAAAUGGGAGACUAAGUUAUAUCCAUUGGUUGGGGAACCACUUCAAAAGCAUGGAAGUUUGGACUUGAACUCCAUUUCGGCGGGGACUUCUCCCACUUCAGGAUCUGCAAACACAAAGGGAAGGCAGCCUAACGCAAAUGCUUUAACACGAACCAAAUCCAUUCCUUUUGAGUUGCCACCACACAGGCAAUCGAAGGAGUGUGAAAUCAAAGCUGCAUACCCUUGUUUGGAUGCCCAGCAAGGCCACUCCUACUCUUCUGUUGACUUACAGGCUCAAAAGUCAAAAAGUAUUUCUUCAGUGGAACUGAAUCAUCUCCUGGGUGGCACAAAGCCCCAAAUACCUAAUGCUUUCCAUCCAAAGCUCCAUGUUUCCAAUGUAUACAGGGUACAUCCUUAUACUCCCUUAGCAGAAGACCCUUAUUUUUCACAGUCACCUCCAAGUAAUGCUGGUUCUCCUAUGUGUGUUGAUUGCUUGAAGCCAGAUGAAACUCUCUUUUUAUCAUCUACAGCCACUACAACUCCAAUUUCUGAUGGAAGUUCACUUAAUCCUUUAGCAUCCAAUCAUUUUCACUCAUCUCUCAGUAGAAGGACAUCAAUGGAACUUCCAGGGUUAGAUGAUGAAAUCCCUCCUCCUUUGCCUGAGCGAACACCUGAAUCCUUUAUUGUGGCUGAGGAAUCUGGAAACUUUUUAGAGACAAGUUCCAAACCGCAGUCUUCUCCUGUAGAGCUAAAAAUUGGAACAUCAUUGGAAUGGAGUGGAAUUUUGUUAGAGAAAUCUGAUGACUCAAUUCGACUGAAGCCAAGUAAGAGUGUGAAGCUGAGAAGUUCCAAAUCAGAUACACAUCAGGAGCGUUCUUCAUCCCCUCCUCCUCCUCUUCCAGAAAGAACACCUGAGUCCUACUUUCUUGCUGAUGAAGACUCUAUGCAAGUCCAAUCUACAGAAACUCAAUCUACUAACUGCUUGGAGAACUCGGACGAUAUAACUUCUUCUCAACAGUCACUGACAACUUCUGGAAAAGGCUUCACAAGGAGCAGGAGUUUAAAAAUUCUACGAAAUGUGAAAAAAAGUAACUCAUCACAAUCAGUCAAGCCAACAGAAUCUAGACAAUCAAAUCAUUUUAGCUCCUUUUUGAACCUUGGUUUUGCAAACCGUUUUUCAAAACCAAAAGGACCAAGAAAUCCACCGCCUACAUGGAAUAUUUAAUCUAACUUCAAACUUGCAUUCAGAAAAACGCAAAUUGGAAUUUGCAGUUUAAGAGAGCAUUGUAGCUAAACAAAAACA